UUUUCACAGAAUGCUAAAACAUUGCUACAAAAAAUUACUGAAGCUUCUAAAGCAUUUCAGAUGGAAAAAAUAGAGAAAGGCUACGAAAAUAUGACCCACUUCACAGUCAAUCUUAACAGAGAAGAAAAGAUAAUUAGAGAAAUUUACUUUUACAGAGAAGAAGAGGAGGAGGAGGAAGAUGCUACAGAAGGGAAAACACCAGAUGAAAUCCACACUGAAUCAUCAGGUGAAGAAGAUGAAAUAUCUGAACAAGCAUCCACUCAGCAACUUCAACAGGAUAUUGCAUUAAAAGACACACUAGCAGUAUCUCAGAGUAGUCUGGCACCAUCAUUACCUUCUAACCCACUAGUUAAUACUCCUACUACAGCAAAAGAGGAUGAAAUUGUACAUACUACUACAGCACAGCCUGCAGAACUAGUAGAGACUGGACUACAGUCAAAUGGAGAGCCAUCUGAUCCCUUAUUCUACCCUAGUUGGUACAAAGCAUCACCACGACAAGCAAGCAAUUCAAAUCCAGCUCCAUUGACCGAAAGUAGGCAGGUAGGGCCCCUAGAAGUGAAUGUCAAGAAGACAGAGGCUUCAGAAGCAGCUUCUGCAAAUACAAAUUCUGCUGUGUGUGGUAAGGAAGUUAACCCAUCUACAGAUACUUCACAG